GUCCUCUCACCCACGUCUCCAUCCCCGCUGCUAUCGCUUCCCCCGUCCCUUUCUUUUCCCUGUCCUUUCUCUUUCUUUCGUGUUUAUCGACUCCGGCUGCGGGGGACAGCGGUGAGAUCCCGAUUUGGGCUUCGAUUCCUUGCGGGAUCGAUCGGCCGGCGUCGGAGUCGGGGACGGAGGCGUUAUAUUGGUGAGGACAGAGGCGAGAUAUGUCUUUCAAUUUCACUGGCACGCAGCAGAAAUGCAAGGUCUGCGAUAAGACUGUCUACCUGAUGGAUCAGCUGACCGCCGAUGGCGUCGUCUUCCACAAGUCCUGCUUCAAGUGCAAGCACUGCAAAGGAACCCUCACGCUGAGUACAUAUUCAUCGAUGGAAGGUGUUCUGUAUUGCAAGCCUCACUUUGAACAGCUCUUCAAGGAAUCUGGCAACUUCAACAAGAAUUUUCUGUCACCUGCAAAAUCAGCUGAUAAAGCUCCAGAACUGACUAGAUCUCCCAGUAAAGCUGCCAGUAUGUUCUCUGGGACACAAGAGAAAUGUGCUACAUGCCGGAAAACUGCAUAUCCUCUUGAGAAGGUAACUGUUGAAGGACAGGCAUUCCACAAGUCCUGUUUCAAGUGUUCUCAUGGAGGUUGCUCGAUCACCCCGUCCAACUAUGCAGCCCUUGAAGGGAUCCUCUACUGCAAGCAUCAUUUCUCCCAACUUUUCAAGGAGAAGGGGAGUUAUAACCAUCUUAUCAAGUCUGCCUCAAUGAAGCGCAGCCCAGCAACUGCCCCAGAUAUUUAGUAUCAGUUAGAUGUUGCGGCUAUUUAUACUGCAAUAGAGUUUUUAUCUCAUGUUUAGUAUCUGUUAAGAUACUUACAGCCAUGUUGUUGUCCAUUGUUGUUGUAGCUCUUUUGUUCUGUCGACUCUGUAGCAAAACUUGACCCAGAGAAGCAAGUCCUAUGUUUUAAUCAAAUGAUAUUUUACUCGGAAA